GCGACAUCCCCGGAGAGGCGGCUCGCGGAGGACGCGCUGUGGCCGCGCGCGCCGCCGGAAUGGGCGAUCUGAGCGUCUCUCUGGCGCUGCUGGGGGUCGUCGUGCUCCUCUGCGAGCUGCUGCGCGCGGCGACCACCAGGCUAUUCGGCGGAACGCGGAUCGGCGAGUACGUGGCGGAGAGCGUGUCCACCUUCCAGCUGUGCGCGUGCACGCACGAGCUGAAGCUUCUGGGCGACGCGGGCCGAGUGGCGCCGCGCGUCGCGCUCACGCUUACGUACCUCGCGGCGGCGGUGCACGGCGCGACGUUCCGGGGGGCCGCGGGCAACCCCUGCGGCGCGCUCGCGCGCACGUGUCACGGGAGCCUACCCGGCGCAGCGGCGCGCGUCACGUGCCAGUUCGCGGCGGCGGCGGCGGCGCGCUCCGCGCUCCCGUUCGUGUGGGCUCUGGGGCUGUCGGACCUGCACCGCGGGCACGCGCUGCUCGGGUUCGGCUGCGUCAGCCCCGUCGGGAGCGCGUUGCUGCGGGGCGCGGCCGUGGAGCUGGGCUGCGCGUUCACGAUGCAGACGGCGCUCGCGCACCUGCAGGCGGUGGAGGAGAGAUACCGCAUCCACGCGACGGCGCUGCUCGUCACCGUGCUCGUCUACGCAGGGGGCAGCGUCACCGGCGCCGUGUUCAAUCCGGCCCUCGCCUUCUCCGUACUGUUUUCCUGCAGCGGAAACACCUUCCUGGAGUUGUGCUUCGUCUACUGGCUGGGACCGCUGCUGGGCACGGCCGCCUCGCUGCUGCUCUUGGACGUGGUUGUACCGCAGCUUUCGGGGACAAAGGACCACGUCCACGGGCCGCGCCGCAAGAGCCAGUGACGUUCGCAGAGGCCCGGCGCUGCAGGCAGCAAGAGUGCUGCUGUGCGGCAAAGAUGUAUGCGCGUCUUUGGUGAUUCACGUAUGGUGAUUCACUCGUGUGUGUGUGUGGUGUCAGCAAUCUCGUGGAAAAUCAAAUUUCUCCCCCCCCUCCUCACAGCAGUGACUAACAAAAAAGCAGUAAUACGGGGUAAAACAGGGUAACACUUUUUUUGACCGCAGAGCAGGAUUUCUUGCUUAGAAGAGUUAUGUGAGAGACAUCUUACAUGAAACGGAGCAAAGCAGCUUCGCUGAACAGCAGGAAGGGAACCUGGGACACCACACAGUAACUGUAACUUAAUGGUCUCAAUAUGACCAUGUUUACCUGCCCAUCCAAAGAAAUCACUCCAUGAGCACAAACAUGUCUGUAAACCUGCAUUAAUUUUCAAAUUUCUUAAUGUACAAAAGCACAAACUAAAAGUACUUAAAUCCUAAAGCCAGUUACCGGUUUCGGAGGACCGCAGCACAUGUGCUAACAUGGGCUGAUAUACAUUCCAGACGUCACAGCCAUUCCUGGAUCUCUCACACACACACAAUUGGGAUUCAGCAUAGGAUCAUGGGAAAUGAACAUAUCAAUGGGUUCCUUGGGACAGGACACACACUGAGAAAAUGACUCGUGCCGACAGGCUAAGAAGGCAGCAGCACAAGGCCUCACUGAGCGUGUGUGUGGGCGGGGGGGGUGAGAUAAAGUGUUCCUCUCUAGCUUUUUGUUUCUUUCCUUUUCAGAAUC